AUGGAUCAAAAAACUUUAGGAAUAUUGGGAGGUGGUCAAUUAGGUCGUAUGCUUGUAGAAGCAGCAAACAGAUUGAAUGUUAAAACGGUGAUCUUGGAGAAAGGAGCGGAUUGCUCCGCUAAACAGAUCAGUAAUUCUACUGAGCACGUCGACGGUUCAUUUACAGAUCCCGAGAAGAUCCAAGAGCUGGCUAAGAAAUGCAAUGUUUUGACCAUCGAAAUUGAACAUGUGAAUACAGAGACGUUGGCUGAUUUGAAAAAACUUAACCCUCGUCUGAAGAUUUAUCCAACUCCUGAAACAAUUAAGAUUAUACAAGAUAAAUUUAGUCAGAAAUUACACCUGACUAAAAACAAUAUCCCUGUUGUAGAAAGCUAUCCCAUUGAAAACAUAUGCCCUGAAGAAUUAAACGAUAUGGGCACAAAAUUGAAUUACCCUUAUAUGUUGAAGGCUAGAACGUUUGCAUAUGAUGGCAGAGGAAAUUUUGUUAUUAAAAACAAGAAUUCCAUCGACGAGGCUAUAAAGUUCUUUACUGAAAACAAGCAAAACGUUGCUAAGUUAUAUGCAGAAAAAUGGUGUCCAUUCAAAGUUGAACUAGCUGUUAUGGUUGUGAGAUCUCUUAAUAAUAAAGUAUAUUCCUAUUCAACAGUUGAAACAAUUCAUAAAGACAAUAUUUGCCACGUAGUAUAUGCUCCAGCAAGAAUCCCUGAUUCAGUACAAUUCGAAGCAAGGUUAGUUGCAGAAAAUGCAAUUAAGUCGUUUGACGGGGCUGGUAUUUUUGGAGUAGAGAUGUUCUACAGUCAAGAAGGCAAGAUCAUUAUUAAUGAAAUUGCACCAAGACCGCACAAUUCAGGUCAUUACACAAUUGACGCAUGUGUGACUUCUCAAUUUGAGGCUCAUUUGAGAUCCGUUCUUGAUUUGCCUAUGCCUGAAGGUUUCACAAAUUUCACCACUUGCGAUACAAAUGCUAUUAUGAUAAAUGUAUUGGGUGAUAGAGAGGUAAAAGAUAAAGAACUAGAAUAUUGUGAAAGGGCAUUGGCCACUCCAAAUGCUUCUGUCUAUUUAUAUGGCAAGGAAUCAAAACCUCAACGUAAGCUAGGUCAUAUAAACAUUGUAAGUUCGUCUAUGCACGAUUGUGAAAGGAAACUACAUCAUAUCGUAGAAAACACCAGCCUAGAUCCACAUGUAACAGACACUACAUUAAAUAAGCCUUUAGUUGGAAUAAUUAUGGGUUCCGAUUCUGAUCUCCCAGUAAUGUCAGCUGCUUGUGAUAUUUUAAAACAAUUUUCUGUUCCUUUUGAUGUGACAAUUGUAUCGGCGCAUAGAACCCCACAUAGAAUGAGUAAGUAUGCUGUCGAGGCAUCAAAACGUGGAAUGAAAGUAAUAAUAGCAGGUGCUGGCGGGGCUGCUCAUUUACCAGGUAUGGUUGCAGCUAUGACACCUUUGCCAGUUAUCGGUGUUCCUGUUAAGGGUUCUUGCUUGGAUGGUGUUGAUUCUCUGCAUUCCAUCGUACAGAUGCCAAGAGGUGUCCCUGUUGCAACUGUUGCAAUUAAUAACAGUACAAAUGCCGCAUUGCUGGCUGUAAGAAUUUUAGGAGCAUAUAAUGAUACCUAUUUUCAAAAGAUGCAAGCCUUCUUAUUAAAACAAGAAGAAGAAAUCCUACAGAAGGCGCAGAAGUUAGAAGAUGAAGGUUAUGAACAAUAUUUAACCGAAAUGAAGAAAUAA